ACACCCCGACAGAAGAGGAGGCGAGGGGGGCAAGAGGAGGGAUCUCCAGCGGGCGAGUGGAAAAAGGAAAAAGUGCGAGCCGGAGAAAAAGAAGCGCAGAGAAGGACGAGAGUUUGCCUCGGCGACUUUUUACCCGAGCAGCGCCGCCGUUUGGACCGCAGGCGGAGGAUGAGGACGAGUGCGAUGACGACGCGGAUCACAACACGACCAUGCUGCGUGGUUCCGACACGCGGGAGAACAUUCUAGACUCCAUUCCUGCGCUCCUUCCCAACUUCGGCCUGUGCCAUUUUUCCCCCCGCGGAGUCACGCAGGCAACUUUUUGCGCACCGGGAGGAAAAUAAAACCCUGCGGGAAAGAAACUUUUUUUUUAAGUUUUUUUUUUUUUUUUUUUUUUUUGGCGCCUCAAGCACAGUGACAAUAAAAAAAAAUUAAAAAAAGGUGAUCUUAGGAGGAAUCCCACGCAAAAAGAAAGAAGAAGAGUCAUUUUCCAACACGGGAGUGUGCUAGCCAGCUAGCAAAGCUAACCAACUUUAAAGUUGGCGUUCGACGGCAAAAGUGAGCCGAGAAAGUCGCAGACCACCACCAUGAAGACCCCGGCAGACACGGGGUUUGCCUUCCCCGAGUGGGCCUACAAGCCGGAGUCCAGCCCGGGCUCCCGGCAGAUCCAGCUCUGGCACUUCAUCCUGGAGCUGCUCAGGAAGGAGGAGUACCACGACGUCAUCGCCUGGCAGGGCGACUACGGCGAGUUCGUCAUCAAAGACCCAGACGAGGUGGCUCGCUUGUGGGGGGCCAGGAAGUGCAAGCCCCAGAUGAACUAUGACAAACUCAGCCGCGCCCUCAGGUACUACUACAACAAGAGGAUCCUACACAAGACUAAAGGCAAGAGGUUCACCUACAAGUUCAACUUCAACAAGCUGGUGCUGGUCAACUACCCCUUCCUCGACAUGGGCUCUGGUCGCAGCAUCCCACAGAGUGCCCCGCCUGUGCCCACCGGCGGCACCCACUUCCGCUUCCCCCCCUCUGCGCCCUCGGACGUGCUGUCGUCCAGCGAGGAGCUGCGCAGCCCGGGCGUGUUCAGCGGCGUGGCGCGCCGCAUGGCCCGCGGCUCCGUCAGCGACUGCAGCGACGGGACGUCCACCAACUCGGAGCUGGAGGAAGCGGUGGGGGCGGAGGAGCGGGCGGCGGGGCCCGACAGGGCUUUCAGGGGGCUCCUCCCGCCCCGCCACCCUCACGAGUCGCUCUUCAGGGUCUACGGCGGCGCCAACCCGGCGGGACUCCCCAGACCCUCCCAUAGGGUCCACCCCGAGUCCCUGUCUCCGUUUCCCGUGUCCCCCCUGCCGGGCCCCGGGGGGAUGCUGGCCCCGACUCUGUCCCCGGCCCUCUCCAUGACGCCCACCCCACACCUGUCCUACACCCCCUCGCCCUCGCUGUCCUCCCCCAUGCUGGGCUCCCACUUCUCCUUCAACCCGGAGGACAUGAAGCACUACCUGCAGGCCCACACCCAGUCCGUCUACAACUACCACCUCAGCCCCCGCGCCUUCCUUCACUACCCCAACAUCAUCAUCCCGCAGCCCCACCGCCCCACCCCCGAGAAGCUGCCCGCCCACCACCUGCACGGCCCGCCCCUGCCUCUCUCCCAUUCGCUGGGGGUCGGAGAGGACGCCCACCAGCACCCGUCGCCUUUCAAGUUCAAGCUUCAGCCGCCCCCUCUUGGCCGCAAGCAGCGGGAUGCGGGAACCUCAUUGGCUUCUUCCUCCUCCUCAUCCGCUGGCUCCGCCUCCUUGUUCGCUGUGUCCGGACAGAUGGCUGCGGGAGCGCCCAAGAUCAAGGUGGAGCCCAUAUCUGACAUCGAGUCGGAGGAGGAGGUGGAAGUGACCGACAUCAGCGAGGACGAGGAGAUGAACCGUGAUGACGACGACAUCUUCACCGCCGCGUCCCAUCACCCACUCCUCCAUCAUUCCAGGAAUAACGGGGCCGCCGGCAGCCCCUCAGCCGCCCUCCCGCCGCCCUCCGACCCUGAUGACGACGACGAGGAGGUCUUCAAGACGCCCGCCACCCCGCCUCUCAGCGCCGGUCACUCGGCGUUCCCGCUCCUCAGCCUGAAGAGCGAGCCGGCCCCGUGCCACCCGGCCCCCAUCAGCCCCGGCGGCACCCGCUGUAUACCGCUCAAACUCCGCUUCAAGCGCCGCUGGAGCGAGGACCAGAAGAUGGAGGCGGACGGCGAGAAGGAUGAGGCCGAGGACAAGAAAGUGCGAGCCGAGGGCAGGGAGGAGGCGGAGCAGCGGAAGAGGGAGGGGCCGGCAGAGAACGGAGGAGGUCGGGGCGUCAUCUUGGGCUUGAUGCUGCCGCCGCCGCCCGCCCAGCGCCGGGCCAGCUCGGAGCUGCAGCGAGCCACCGCUCAGCUGUCUCUGGAGAACGCCAGCUGCUGAGCCGUGUGCUCGCCACUUACGUGCGCACCCCCGUGGACCGCACGAGUGACCUUUGACUGGGCGGGAUCAUUUCACACUCCUUAAAAGGACAUAAUGUUUGGUCUUUUUGGCGCUCGCCACUUGAAUCCUGAAAACUAGCGAUGAAACACUAAAGUAAACAUGGACGCCGCCCGUCACUGGACUUCUCACUGACACGGUCUCAGACGCGAUGCUGACGCCACACAAGUGCCUCGCCGCGUUUACAAGACGGACAGGGGGCGUCGGCCAUCUUGGCGUCGUCGAGGCAACAUUCCGUACUUUACAGAGCCGCCACUUUUUGGCGGAGGACGAGUGCACAGCGGUGAAGUGACUCCGACUCUAAGGGGUAAUAUCUAGAGGAGGCCACGCCCACACGGCCCAGGAAGCCACGCCCACUCCGCCGUGCUUAGACUCCAGCGUUGAAGGUCUCGUCUUCAUUCCCCAGGCUCCUCGCCAUCGCGUCGCAGUAUUCCCGGGCAUUUACAGCAGCGAGCCGGCGACUUGCUGCUCCUUGGUGAUGUUUUUUAGCGGUUAAACUUUAUUUUUGAUGACCUUUAAAAAAAUAAAUAAAUAAUUUUUUUAAAGAGAUAUUCUAAUUGGAUGAAAUAAGAUUGUGCCUUUACGAAGCCCCGCCCCCCUCGCCGUCACACAAACUACCGACUUGCCUUCUUCUGUUUUUAAAGUCAAACUACACAAUCUAUAUUUUACUCAAAGUUAAAUGUUAUAUUUCGAUAUGGGAAAGAAACUAAAUCUAUUUUUCAU